UCCAAUCCAGCCACUUUAAAAUCAACUAUUCUGUCUUUACGACGAGCACAAAACAAUUCGAGUCGAUAAGCGCUGGCCGCAACGUCCUCGCAAGCCGAAUCACCCAUUUAUUUUGUCGGCGAUUGUUUUUCAACUCCCCGUUUCCAUUCGCCACUCCGUUGUCUAUCGCUUGACGCGAGCCAGCAGUACAGUGGACUUCUGUUGUACAAUAACCAGCCACAUUACCCUGCUCUCUAUAUUUAUCCUACUGGAUCACAGCAUGACAGAUGCUUCUACCCAGCAUCUGCUCCCCACUGUCAUAAUCACUCCUUCCACACCGAUAUCCGACUCUUCGGAAGACAUUGCUUUACUUCCUUCUGCCACCCUAUUCUACCCCUCGUCGUCUAGUGAACGCCCGCAGUCUAAACCAAAGCGCCAACGUUAUCAUACCGGCAGUUCAUACUCUACGGAGUAUUUGUUACCCCCAACACGUCUUCCAUCACCCCAAACCGGACAUCGUCCUCUCCGAUCGUCCUUCAUAUCAUUAGCGUUGCUUCUGGUGGGGUUAACACUGAUAGCGUCAUCUGUGCUGUGUACUGGAAGUGGAGCCAAUGCCUGGUUAGAGAUGAAACAUACGGGUUUGCAGAAAUUGGAGGGUAUGGGAAGGGGUGUGAGUGCAAAGUUGGGAUGGGAUAACAGUUCUGCAACAAGUGGGAACGUUUGAGGUUACGUAAGAUGGAGACGUCGAGUGAUGCGGAGAUGCAUCCGAGGGAGAACGCAAACGAGAGAGAUCAAAAUGAAGAGUUCAGAAGUCUUUCACCAGAAGGAUAGAGGGUAGUGCUCGCGCAAAAUUGAAGAUAUUACAAGCAGGCAUGCUAAAAUGGAUGUGGGACAUGGAAUGGUAGUGCAGCAGGGAUUGAAAAUAACAUGGGGAUUUUAUUAUACAGCUUUUAUAAAUGCAUAACGAUACAAA